UCUCAAUAAGUGUCAGAUUAAACAAGGGCCUCUGCUGAUUUGUUUUCUUUUUUUCUCUGUCUGUGAAGGAACCUUGGGGCCGACUUUCAUGGUGACAUUUCCUGCUAUUUUACAGUCAGGCACUGAGGCAAAGCUUUGUGCCAGUCUUCUAAAGCCAAAUGAGACCCUUACAAUGACUGUUUCUCUAGUUCACAAUAACGAGAGCAGGACACUGUUCCAGGAGAGAGCGCAGGAAGAUUUUCAUCACUGUUUUCUGUUUCAGACUCCUGUGGUGCAGGGUGAAUCAGUGCAGAGAAUUAAAGUGGUAGUUCAAGGGGAAUCUUUUCAUGGGACGGAGGAGAGGAAAAUCAUGUUCAAAUCCUUCCAUCCACUGACCUUCAUCCAGACAGAUAAACCUAUCUACCUUCCAGGACAGACAGUGCACUUCAGGAUUGUCACCAUGGAUAACAAUUUCAUCCCUAUUGUUCCAAAGUGUGAGAUUGUGGCGCUGGAGGACAGUCACGCAAACAGGAUUGCUCAGUGGGUAAACAUCUCUUCCAGUAACAAAAUUCUGCAGUUGUCUCAUCAGUUGAAUCCAGAGGGACGUACAGGGACAUAUAAUGUGAUAGCGAGCAUUGGUGGGAGGACAGUAAAUCAUCACUUCGAGGUGAAACAGUACACUUUGCCAAAGUUUGAGGUAAAACUGAACUCACCUGAAGAAGUAAGCGUGGCAGAAGAAAAACUGAAAAUAGAAGUAUGCGGAAAGUACACUUUUGGGCAAUCGGUUGCUGGUGAAGUCUGGAUGGAAGUGUGCCGGAAGUUUAGGAGAUAUUACUAUUCACGUCAUGAUCUUGAGCAGCAUAAGUUUCACCGAUGUCUUAAUGAAACACUUGAGUUGAAGGAGAAUGGCUGUGCCACGUUUGUCUUUGGGACAUCUUUUUUUCUCAACACUACUGCUGAACGAAACUGGCGGGAUUCUCUUCAGUUAAACGUGAAAAUGACUGAGGAAGGCACAGGGAUCACUAUGUCAAAGUCUGGCACAGUUGGCCUGUCUUAUGUGCUUGGUAAAGCAUCAUUUGUUGAGACACCAGAUGUCUUUAAACACGGAUCAGUCAUAGAGGGAAAGAUCAAAGCAACACAUUUCAAUGGAACACCUAUUUCAAACAAGGAAGUCUAUGUUUUAGAACGUAAAGGGUGGUCAACAAAAGAACUCUUCAGUCUCACAACAGACAUUAAUGGAAUGGCUCAUUUCUCUAUCAACACUACUGAUCGACCUGCAGAAGAUAUUCAGUUAGUGGCAAGUGUCUCCAAAGACAUAUCUCAUAAGUCCCAAACCCCUCACUUUGAAUAUCAAAGGAAAGAUAUUACACUAUACAGACCUGCCACACCAGACACUCCUUAUGUUCCAAGACAUAAUGCACUCACUAUAGAAGGUUUAAAGGAGCCACUCGCAUGUGAGACUGAGAUCCCUGUAACCAUUAGAUACACCUUUUUUGAGGAUGUGGAAGACUCUGUGGAUUUAAUCUACCUGACCUUAUCCAAAGGAGUGAUUGUUCAUUAUGGAGCCAUGAAGGCUGCAGGAAAAAAAGUUGAUGGAGUUAUUUCGGGAAAAGUGUCAUUCAGUCUUCCUGUCAGUACUGAGAUUUCACCUGUGGUGCAACUUCUGGCAUACUGUGUUCUAUCAAAGGAGACAGUCAUUGUUGAAACUAAGAACUUCAAAACAGAAAAAUGUUUCAAAAACAAGGUAUCAUUACAGUUCUCUCCAACCAAGGCUGUUCCUGCAGAGGAAAACACUCUACAGCUCUCAGCUGAGCCAGGUUCACUGUGUGGACUCAGUGUUGUGGAUAAGAGCGUGCUCAUCUUGGAACCAGGGAAAGGCCUGGACACUGAGAAGAUUUUCAACUUGUUACCAGUGACAUCAUUGUCAGAUUAUCCAGAAAAACUUGAAGAAAUCCUGGAGUGUGUUCAUGUCAGACCUAAGCGUUAUGUUCGAUUAUAUCCAGACCAUGCACAUAACAUUUUCAGGAGCAUCGGACUCAAGAUGGCAACCAAUUUGGAGAUGCGAAAACCUCCAUGCUUGAUUUACAAUGAUGAGCGAUAUUUUCGCAGUGAGAUCGUGACAAUGAUACAUGAGCCACUAGCGAUGCCUGUGGCAGUAAUGAUGUCAAGACUCGCUGAAGAAGAUGAGCCUGUUGUAGAAACAGUUCGCUCAUUCUUUCCUGAAACUUGGAUCUGGAAACUUAUAGAGUUGGGGGAAUCUGGAUCUGCACAACUGCCUGUUACUGUCCCUGACACCAUCACCAGCUGGGAGACAGAGGCCUUUUGUCUGUCCUCCAAGGGCUUUGGUCUGGCUGCCCCAGCUGAACUCACCGUCUUCCAGCCUUUCUUCCUGGAGCUCUCCCUUCCUUACUCCAUAAUCCGAGGAGAACUCUUUGAGCUUAAGGCCACUGUCUUCAACUAUCUGUCAAAGAGCAUUAUGGUUAAAGUAACUCCAGCCCCUUCCUCAGACUACACUCUAAAACCCUCCUCAGAUGGCCAGUAUUCUUCUUGUCUGCGUGCAAAUGGUAGGAAGACCUUCCGAUGGACUCUGAUACCCUCUGUGCUGGGGGUCCUGAAUGUGACUGUGAGUGCAGAGGCAGAAGCAUCUCAGUCUCUGUGUGACAAUGAUAUUGUGACUGUACCGGACAGAGGCCGCAUUGACACAGUUACACGAACUCUGCUGGUGAAGGCUGAAGGAACUGAGAGGACAGAGACCCACAGCUGGUUGCUUUGUCCCCGAGAAAAGGCUCUGACGGAGGAGGUGGAGCUAACACUUCCUGAAAAUGUGGUUGAGGGAUCAUCCAGAGCUUCUGUGUCAGUUCUUGGAGACAUUUUGGGCCGUGCACUACAGAAUCUUGAUGGAUUGCUGAAGAUGCCGUAUGGUUGUGGGGAGCAAAACAUGGCUCUUCUCUCCCCGAACAUCUACAUUCUGCAGUACCUAGAGAGCACUGAGCAGCUCACUUCAGCCAUUCGAGAAAAGGCCACUGGUUUCCUUAAAAGCGGAUACCAAAGACAGUUAAAUUACAAGCAUUUUGAUGGUGCCUACAGCACAUUUGGCGAUGGCGAGGGGAAUACAUGGUUGACUGCUUUUGUCCUGAGGUCUUUUGGCAAAGCCCAGUCUUACAUCUUUAUUGAUCCACAAACCAUGGCAAGUGCAAGGCAAUGGCUGUUAGAACGACAGCAACCAGAUGGUUGUUUUGAAAGCAAGGGAAACCUCUUCAACAACAGAAUGAAGGGAGGGGUAAAUGAUAAUGUGACCAUGACUGCUUAUAUCACUGCAUCAUUCCUUGAGCUGAACAUUUCAGCUGCUGAUCCUGCUGUGACAAAAGGUUUGUCGUGUCUAAGGGCCUCCAUCAGUAAUCUCUCAAAUACCUAUACCACUGCUUUGCUUGCCUACACCUUCAGUCUGGCCGGAGAAAAGGAAACUCGUGCACAGCUUCUGCAGAAGCUGGAGGGAGAAGCAUUUUCGGAGGCUGGUCGUCUGUCCUGGUCCCAGUCAAAUUCAGAACACUCAGACUCCUUGGCGGUGGAGAUAAGUUCUUAUGUGCUGCUGGCAGUUCUCACUCAUUCCCCACUCUCUGCUGCUGACUUAGGUUAUGCCAGCAGGAUUGUCAAUUGGCUGGUGAGGCAGCAAAAUCCCUAUGGAGGAUUCUCCUCCACCCAGGACACUGUGGUGGCACUUCAGGCACUGGCUUUGUAUGCCACAAGAGUGUUUGGUUCAGGUGGCUCUUCCACAGUGAUAGUGGAGACAUCAGGUGGGAACAGACAACUCUUUGAUGUAAAUCAGAGUAACAAGUUGCUGUACCAAGAAAAGGCACUGCAAGAUAUCCCUGGGAAAUACAGUGUUAAAGUUGAAGGCUCUGCUUGUGUCUCUGUACAGAUGGCUCUCUUCUACAACAUCCCCACUUCUGCUGAGAAGUCUGCAUUCACUGUUGAAGCCAAAACUGAGGGAAACUGCAAAAAUCCACUCCUUCUUUUCAACGUCCAGUACAAUGGUGCAGAAGACCAAACCAAUAUGGCUAUAGUAGAUGUAAAAAUAUUAUCUGGUUUCAAGACCGAUAGGUCUAAUGUGAUGAUGUUGACGCACCCAGAGAAAAUGGAACGAAUUGACAUGAAAGAGGACCAUGUCAUUAUCUAUCUUGAAGAGGUCCCAAAGGCAACUGUUUUGAAAUUCCGUUUACAGUUACAACAAAUCCUCCCAGUAGAGAAUCUGAAGCCAGCUCUCAUCAAAGUCUAUGACUAUUACCAAACCAGCGACCAGUCUGAGAUGGAGUACUCUUACCACUGUGCCUGAGGCUAUUUCAGCUCUACAGAUUGUUCAGAAUUAAAGAAUGGAUGACAACCUAAAAACUCUGACAUGGAUUUCAUUUUACAAUUCAAAUAAUACUUUCCUAAGUAGACUAUAGAAAUCGCAAUAAUAAUGCAUACUUUCUUUGAAAUAUUUUCUGUUUCUGAUGAUAUGCCUUAUUUUCCAGUCUUUGAGAAUCUGCCAUUUGACACAGAUGAACAAUGUUUGUAUUAACAAUGUACGGUGCUUUUAAAUAAAUCAAAGUCUCAGUUUCUGUA